UGUAAACGAGAAUUGGCCAAAAUUACGACGCGAGCGAGAGUCGAAUAACAGCCUUUUUCUGAAAGCAAUAAUCGUCUAAUUAAAUAAAAACUUUUAUAUUUUACAAUGUUAUAUUGCUAAUGAAGUGCCUAAAUAUUUUGAUGGUUUUUUUAUAAGUAGUGCAUUUAAUGCUAUAGUGAUGUCGAAAAACAAAAUCGCCGCACGGAUAGACAGUCAAAAUGUUGAAGUCAAAACUAAGUUUGACGCGGAAUUCCGGCGAUUCUCCCUCAACCGAUCCGAGAAGCUCAAGUACGAGGACUUCAAGGGUCUAAUCGAGAAGCUACACCGGCUGCAUGAUGUCACAUUCCUCAUCUCGUACACGGACCCUCGGGACGGUGACCUGCUGCCCAUCAACAACGAUGACAACCUGGCGCGCGCGCUGCUCACGGCGCGCCCGCUGCUCAGGGUCAUCAUACAGAGGAAGGGUGACAGCCUCGAAGAGCUGAAUGGGUACGGCACGAUGCGGCACCGGAAUUUCAUCUCGUCCAUCCUGAGCGGCACGCCCGCCAAGAACAAGGGGCUGGCCAUCUCCAACCCACACGACUUUAGAAUGGUGUCGGCCAUCAUCGACGUGGACAUCGUGCCGGAAACGUGUCGGAGGGUCAAACUGCUCAAGCACGGCUCGGAUCGGCCGCUAGGGUUCUUCAUAAGAGACGGCACGUCGGUGCGCGUGACGCCGGGCGGCGUGGAGCGCGCGCCGGGCAUCUUCAUCUCGCGGCUGGUGCCGGGCGGGCUGGCCGAGUCCACCGGCCUGCUCGGCGUCAACGACGAGGUGCUCGAGGUCAACGGCAUCGACGUGGCCAACAAGACCCUGGACCAGGUGACGGACAUGAUGGUGGCCAACUCGUCGAACCUGAUAAUUACGGUGCGGCCCGCCAACCAGCGCGCCGCCCCGCCGCCCGCCUCCUCGCAGCCCAGCUCCGAGCCUGACGACGACAGGUUCGACCAAGACGAGCAGGACGAGAUCGUGGACCUGACGGCCGUGACCCUCGAGGAGCCGGAGCCCUGCCCCCUGCCCAGCAAGGACGACGGCCAGGUGCUGCACCUGUAGUGCAGUGCCGUGCAGUGCAGUGCAGUGCAGUGAUACA